AUGGCUUCAUACUCGUCUUCAAACACCGAGCCGGAGAGAUGGGCAAAGAUAGUUACGGGAGUCGAUAGUGGGCGGCAUCCGGAAAUCAUGAUAAACGAGGAGGGGACACUUGUUGCUGUUUCGAUGCCCAGUGCCAAAGGUGCUAGGAUCCAGAGUUUUUUGGCUGAUGUCUUCAAGGAUGGCGACAACGAAUGGUUCAGCGCCGUCGGUGACUCUGUCGAAGCAAGCAAAGGGAAAGCUGCCGAUUACGGACAGCCUGAAAGUAGCAAGAAAAAGAAGGUGUCUCUUACACAGCAACGUGCAAACCGUAGGCAGGAAAAAAAAGAUAAAGGGCAGGUAAUGCAAAGGGCAGAAGAGACCAGAGACAGCUACUCACCUGCAGAAUGGGCAAGAAUCAUGGGGGAAGCGAGUACGGAAAGACCUCAGGGAGUGUAUAUCGAAGGAAAAAAGCUUGUUGCGACCGAUCAUACUACUUUGGAUGCCUCGAGGAAGCUUGAGUUGUUCAUAGCGCAUGCGCUUAGACAUGAUACAACAGGACGUGGAGAAGUGGUGGUAAGAGGAGAUCCGUCACGGCGCUCGUGA